AUCAUCGCUUCUCCACUCUGACUGAAUCGCGUGCAAGAGAAAGACGAAGACGUCCCCUGCAAGAAAUCUUCUCUCUCCUAUCAUUUUCUCUCUCUACAAAGCUCCAUAACUAUAUCUUCUCUUCCUCUCGAUCUUCAUUUCCUUCACGCCAUUCCAAAAUCCUUUCCCCCAAACCUUCAAACUCCGCUCUCCUUCUAUCUCUUCCAGAGGUUUCUGGCGUUUCUCGUUUUGUACCAAGUCAACUGACGGACUUCAAUUUCUUCUCCGAUCACGGUGAAUUUGGCGGGAGUUAAUUGUGUUGUUGUGUAGUCAAUCACAAUGUUGGGAGAGCUUAUGGUUCGAUGCCUUCUGAUGCUGUUUGGCUAUGCUUAUCCUGCGUUUCAAUGCUACAAAACGGUUGUGCAGAGUCGGAUUGAAAUCCGAGAGCUUCAAUUCUGGUGUCAAUUUUGGAUCAUUGUGGCCAUUUUAACAAUUGUUGAGAGGAUUGCUGACACUUUAGUCGCAUGGUUGCCCAUGUACGGAGAAUUGAAGCUGGCCCUCUUUAUCUAUUUGUGGUAUCCAAAGACCAAGGGAACAAAAUAUGUGUUCGACACUUUGCUGCGGCCCUUGGUAGAUAAACACGAAACAGAUAUUGAACAGAAGAUGGGGGAUUGGAGAGUGAAGGGCUGGGAAUUGGCCCUGUUCUACUGGAAAAACUGUACUGAGUUGAGCCAAUCUGCAAUCGUCCAAGUUAUUAACUACAUAGCUAGGCCUGCAGCUGCGGCCCCAGAAGACAGGAGGAACGAACGUCACCAACGUCCAAGUGCGCCGCCAGCGCCACCACCACCUCCGCCGCGUCCAAAUGAUCUGCCCUCGUUCUUCCAUAAGCCUCCAAGGAAAACCAAGGACUCGAGCAAGAGCAAUGCCAUGAAGUGGUUUCCAAGUGCCCCUCCUCUGCCCGGCUCCAGUAAUCGGCGUUCCACAGCCACAUCGGAGGACUUCGAUGUGCAAUUUCCCCUUCAUGAUCAAACAAACUAUUUUUACGAAGAUCAAAACCACAACCAAGCUCGAUUCCGAGGAUCCAAAAAACCCUACUAGAAGUUACCAAACAAAAAACUGUACAUAAAAAAGAAGAAGACAACACUGCAAACCCUCUCCCCGACCAAAGGAAGAUAAAAGAUUAGAUUCAUUUUGGAACUUUUCAUCAAACAUUUACAUCCCAAUUUUUCUUUUUCUUCUUCUUCUUAGACUGUACUCACAGGGGUGUAUGUGCAUAUAUUCAUUAAUACAUAGAACAGAAUAGAAACA